AUGGCAUCAUCAAAGAGGCUUCUCAGAUUCUGGAUCACAAGUUUCACAAUCUUCUUCUGCUUGUUAUCUCUGUCUUCAAGUCAGAAAGUCACACUAAGUCUAUACUACGAAGCUCUAUGCCCUUACUGUGCAGAAUUCAUUGUUAAUCACUUGCCUAAGAUCUUCGAAAGCGGCUUAAUCUCAGCCAUUGAUCUCCAGCUCGUUCCAUGGGGCAACGCUGUUAUCAGACCAGAUGGAACCUUUCUCUGCCAACACGGAAAAGCUGAGUGUGCGCUCAACGCGAUUCAUGCCUGUGCAAUAAACGCAUACCCUGAUGUGAUGAAGCAUUUUGGAUACAUCCACUGUACGGAACGGCUAGUAUUGGAGAACAAUCUUGAAAAAUGGGGUGAUUGUUAUGAAAUGGUUGGAUUGAGCAGGACAGCGUUUGAUUGUUACAUUAACGGGUAUGGAAACCAGCUUGAACAAAGGUAUGCUGAAGAAACCUCUAAACUUUACCCAGCACAUAAAUUUGUGCCAUGGGUGGUUGUGAAUAACCAACCACUUCAAGAGAACUACCAGAACUUUGUAAUGUAUGUAUGCAAUGCUUAUAGAAGCAACCAAAUGCCAGAAGCAUGCAGGAUCCUCAACAGUUCGGAGGAGACACUAAGCAGGUUCAAUAGUUCAGUGGAGAAGCUAAGUAACAGUCACCAAGUUUGCUAUGCCAAUAACUAA